AUGGGCGCCCACGGCGACCACCCCUUCUACCCGCUCGGCGCGCCCGUCAAGAACUACGUCGCCAACACCAUGGGCCCCGUCACCCUCGUCGCCAUCUUCGCGGCCGCCUGCGGCGCUCUCUUCGUGCCGACGGCGCUCGUCGCCGCGCGCGUGCGCCCCGGCCUGCCGUUUGGCGAGCUGCUCGUCGCCUUUUGGUUUGUGCUGUGCGGGUGCAUCCACCUGUUUUUCGAGGGCUACUUUGCGUACAACUUCCUCGACAUGGCCAGCCGCAUGGACCUCUUCGGCCAGCUGUGGAAGGAGUACUCGCUCUCCGACUCGCGCUACAUGACGCAGGACCCCUUUGUCGUGUGCAUGGAGACCAUCACGGCCGUCUUCUGGGGCCCGCUGUCCUUCUUCUGCGCCUACGCCGUGCUCGCGCGCAGCCCGAUGCGCCACCCGGUCCAGCUCAUCGUGAGCCUGGGCCAGCUCUACGGCGACGUCCUCUACUACUGCAUCUGCUGGUUCAACGAGCUGCUCAACGGCCUGGCCUACUCGCGCCCGGAGCGCUUCUACUACUGGGCCUACUUUGUGCUGUGCAACGCCUUUUGGAUCGUCAUCCCGCUCAUCCUCAUGGCCCAGAGCGUGAGGGAGAUUUCGGCCGCGUUUUCUAGGGGCCACAAGGCCAACGGGGCGGUCAAGAAGUCGCAGUAG